AGGCCGCCCCCUGGCUCGAGCCGCGUCCUCCUCGAGCUGCGGAAGCGCCGCCGCCUCGGCCCACCGCUCAGCACCUAUGCCCUCGAUGAGCAAGCUCACCGCCCUCGCCUGCACCGUGGCUGGUGCCAUUGGCGGCGCCGCCUUCGUGCAGCCCGGCGCCGUCCGUGCCCCCGCGCAGCCCCGGGCGCCGGCGGCCGGCCUGCGGCGCUGGCAGCAGCUGCCCUCGGAGGCGGAGGCGCAGGCGGCCGCGGAGGCCUUCCCCGCGAAGGGCUUCCUGGCGGGCCUGGCGCUCGGCCUCGGCGUCGCUCUGGCGGGCGCGCAGCACGCGCAGGCCGCGGACGCGCCGGCCGCCGACGCGCCCGCGCCCCCGCCCGAGCCCGUCGUCACGGACGUACGCGAUCUGCAGUACAAGGGCGAUAAGGACUUCGAGGCGAAGAAGGCGGCGAUCGCGAAGGCCGCGAACAAGGUGGACAGCGGCAUCGGGCUGCAGACCUGGAAGUGGGGCCACGACUAUGACAAGAAGUACACGACGUCCUCGACCGGAGCCGGCACCUUCCUGCGCUACAACAUGGGCAAUUACCAGAUCAUCCCCAGCUACCGGGGCUCGGCGGCCGACGACGGCACGUACCUGAUCGACCCGAUCCAGAUCAAGAGGGCCGCGGCCCAGCGCGCAGAGGACGAGAGGAUCAGGAAGGAGGUGGCCCCGAUCUGGCUGAAGGUCAAGGGCAACGAUAGGGGGGGGAUACGCACAGGGGGGGAUGCAUCGACCCCCAAUCGCCCACUGAUCGCCGAUAUGGGGCCCGAUAGCCCCAGCCUGCACAGGCAGGUGUGGAUUCGCUCUCGGGGGCCCAUCGCCGAUCUGUCGGCGAUGCGCAUCGCCGCCUCUAGGUCGCUGCACCUCCCCCUGUGCCAGUCCCCCCCCCUAUCCCUAUCGCUGCCCCUCAGCAGGACGGCGGGGCCACCGGCAACGUCUGGCCCAGCCAGGGCAUGUACAAGCCGCGCACCUACACCUCGGCGUACCAGCCCGUGAGGCAGAAGUGAGCCCGCCCUCGGGGCAGGCCGGGCGGGAGCCCCGCGCGCGCUCCCGCCCCCGCGCAGGGUUUUUUAGACGGCUCGGUGCUCGCCGCGGCCCCGUGCGCGGCAGGCGGCCCUCGGAGGCGCGCGCCGACCGCCGCGCGGCACAGCGCGCGUGCCUCCUCCGCCCGAGGAGGGGCGAGGCGGAGGCUGAAGGCGCUGGGCCCUGCCUGCCGCUUCGGGAUCGCUCGGGGCGCUCAGGCCAGCCCGGGAGCGCGCAGCAGGACGCACAGGGGACGUCGAGUGCCGAGCACGACAAGACCUGCCCUCCUCC